GGCUUCCCAGCAGCCGGGCCAUUUCGGUUCCCGGGUCAGGAAAAAAGCCUCGCCCACGAAAGAAGGGGGAAGCGGCUUGAUGACGGCGCCUUCUUAAAGGCGCCAGCAUGCCCCUUUAGAGUUUGAGCAGCUAGUGGGAGAUGGGCUUGUCGCCCGAUCUUCUACAGGAUUGCGCGGGAGUAAGUCUGUCUCGCCGAAUUAAACAAGACCUACUCCCAGUUAACCGUGCAUAAUAGCAUUGCAGCUUUGCAGGCUGAGCUACUGUUUACUCAGAUGCGGAGAACCUGCAAAGGAACCUCCACGCCCCACACAAGGAAGCUGGGCAGUGUGCAGCUUUCUUUUCCUGAUCUGUAUCCUCUUUUCACUCAAGGAGAUCAUCAGGUGGCAUUGGCAGCAAAUGCAAGUAAUACGGCCUUCUUAAAAUUACCAAAUCCUGAGUUUAAAUUGUCCUGAUGAUAACAGAAGAACCAUAAGGAGUACAGCAUACUUGAGAGAAAGAAAUGUCCACCCACAUCACAUGGUGCUCUGCUUGUAUAUUAGCUCUGGUAGCUUUUGUUGUGCUAGAGCCAUCCCAAAGUCAAGCUUGCUCCACAGAAAAAAUGGAAAACAUCACUGUUGAUAUCAAAGCAGCCCUUUCAAAAGGCAUCCGGGGGAUGGAUCCGUUCCACAUUGUAUCUUGGGAAGCCUGUGUUGAUGUUUGCUGUUUGGGGGAAAAAAUAACAGGAACAGAAAACAAGAAGUGCAACUUGGUAGUCUUUGAUACCAGAAGGAAAGGCAAUUACCCAAAUUGCUACUUGUUUUACUAUCCUUCUAUGGAAACCUGCCCAAUGAAACAAGCCAUGGGACUGGUGACCUCCAGAAUAAGAAAAGAUGCCGGGGGUCUCAAGCCAACUCCUUACUCAAACAAGCGCUCCCCUUUCAUUGUGAAUGGGAACUCUAUGUCUCCACAAACUGCCAUGUUUGAUCUUUACAGUCCAACAAGGCCUCCAAAUGUGUCAAGUCCUUCACAAAGGUCCAUUGUCUCAAGUGAUGGACAUUCCCAGCAUCCAAACGGUGAACAAGCAAACCAGUUAAAGAGCUUAAAUUCAUCACUGAUGCAUAAAAAUAGCAGUCACUUCUCCACAAGUACUGCAAAUACUAUUAAGCAUGUUGUUCCCAUCGUUAAGCCAGCUACUGUUAAUGCUGACACCCAGGCUGGUACUGUCCCUGAUAUUAUUCCAUAUGUGUCUCCUAGCAAUGCAACAACCACCAGGACUACCACAGCUUAUCAUAGGAAUGUACAUGUAAUUGUGACUCCAAGAAGUAGUACCAGUGCUUCUCAACCAACAACCACUUCUGGAACCAGCACAAGAAAUCUCAGCCAGUUGCCUUUAAGUACACCCAAUAAAAUUUUCAGUGCUUCUUUACCUGAUGUCCAUCUUGGUAAUGGACAGUGGGACUUGGAAGGCUCCAUCCUUGGUGGAGUUCAAGGCAAGAACCCCACUCCUUACUUUGGUGGCAAAAACAUCCUUUUAGCUGCAUUGCUUUUUGGGGUGAUAUUCUUGCUCUUGGUUGCAGUGCUGGUAGGUAGGAAGAUGCUUGAAUCUCUUCAGCAAAGGCGCUACACUAGACUGGACUACUUGAUCAAUGGCAUGUAUGCCAACAUGUGACAGAAGAGUAGCAUGUAGCGAGAGAUGGCGGUGAAUGCAGCACUGCCUAGCCAAUUGUAGCCUUACAGAAAAGAAGGAUUGAACUCAUCAUGGCAGAGAAUGUGUUCUCUUUCUCAUGAGUCAGAACGGUUAUAAGAAAUGUGGUGCUGUUACUCAGUUUCUCUGGUUUGUCUCUCUGCCCUCAUUCAAUAUAAGUGAAUGAUGCUAGCAGGGAAAUAUGCAGUGUAAUAAAUAUCAGGAGUAAGUUGCGCUAGAUGUUAUGGAUGAAGAGGGAGGAACCUGGUGUGGGGCUUCCAUUUUGUGCAGCAGACCUGUGCUCUUUGUAACAUCCUGAGGGCUUAGUUGCAUCCAUUAAAUGUUUCCCUUGGAAAAUAUUACACCAUUAUUUCAUGUCAUAAUUAAAUGUUUAAGAUAAAUCCAAAUUUAGACCAUCUCUUUUCCCUCUUCAAGAUGUUAUUUGGACUCCUAAAGCUAUAGCCAACAUAUGUUUCACAGUACUUUGUAAUUAGAUUAAAAUAAAUCCAUCAAAAUAUA